AUGGCAGAGUCCAGAAAACGCUUCUCCGGCCGCGCUGUGAGGAACGCGUUGCCGGUGCCCCGGGACCUGCAGCUGCCCCCGACCAAGCGAGAUCAACCCGCCUUCAGAGAACAAAGAAAACAAAAACUCAAAGAAUAUCUGCUAAUACGGAAAACAGGGUUUGCGCCCAAACAGGGGAAUCAGGCGUCCAGAGAUCAGAAAGUGAUGACAUUGAAGGAUCAGGUCCAAGAAGAAAAAAGAGUUCUGGAACUCAAAACAGAAAUGGCUGAUAAAGAAAAUAUUGGAAGCACAAUUGGAAAAAACUGCAUUCCGUUAAAAGCUGAAGUAACCAAUUUAGAAAUGUAUAACUUGAAGGAUAAUAUUCAAGAUGUGCAGUUAUUAUCAAGUAGAGAGGAUUGCCAAGGUCAGACUAUGACAUUAGACCAGGCAUGUCACCUUCAAGACGAUAAAAAGAUUCAGGUUACUGCAGAAAAGCCGAAACAAGAUGCCAACAUGCCUAAAAAACGAGUGCUUGGCUAUUACCAUGGCCAGAUUGUUCAGUCUAAGAUUAAUUCAUUUAGAAAGCUUCCAGAUGCCAAAGGUGAGAGUUCUGUGACAGCCAGGAAACUUCCCACUACUGUAUCUAAAGCCACGAAGGCUCAGCCUGUGCCUGUAAACACCGUCCGUGUAAAAGCCUCAAAUAUGACUACUACCACCAAACUCGUAAACACUCAGUCUGUGAGUGCUACUUCGAAGAACACACUUGUGCGACCACCUAUUAGAAGUCUCCACAAUAAUGCCCAGGGCCCUGUGAAACAGGACCACGGCAGGAACCUUGCCAAUGUUACAAUCAGAAAUCGGUCACUUGAAAAAGAAUUGGUUCGAUCAGAACCAGCUGUAUCUAUUGUGAAAACCAGUUCUUCUCAGGACACAAAAAGAAAACAGGCACCAUCAAAAAGUAUAACAUCUAAAGGUGUAACCAGGACUAAUUCAUCUACUACCAGACUGAUGGAAAAUCCCCAAAACAUUGGCCAGCGCAGGUACACAAUAGAAGGAGCAAGUCUUCCCAGGUCAGUUCAGCCCGGAGAAACCACAGAAAACAGAAAAGCUCAGACUGCCUGGAGAACUGGCAAAGGAAAUGGGCUAAAAAGGCUUCCUAAUUUAACAGUUACCCAUGCUGAGCCAAAGGGACAGAGUGAAAACCCAGUUGGGUCCUUUUGGGCUACCAUGGCAGAAGAAGAUGAACAGAGGCUAUUUACUGAAAAAGUAAACAAAACAAUUUCCGAAUGCCUGAGCCUGGUUGAUAAGGGAUGCCCAAAAGAAGAAAUUUUAGGCAUGUUGAAUGACCUGAUUCAUAAUAUUCCAGAUGCCAAAAAACUUGUUAAAUAUUGGAUAUGUCUUGUGCGUAUUGAACCAGUCACAAGUCCCAUUGAAAAUAUUAUCUCAAUCUAUGAGAAGGCAAUUCUGGCAGGGGCUCAGCCUAUUGAAGAGAUGCGACAUACAAUCAUAGAUAUUCUGACAACAAAGAGUCAAGAAAAAGUUAAUUUGGAAGAUGUUGAGGAGGCUCAUGCAGACAAGGAACAUGUCCAGAAAAUAGAAACGGAAGCUGCAAGUGUUAAUCUAGCAUCAGGGAAGCCAGGAGAGAAUGGAGUGUGUGGAAAGGAAGAUAACACAACAAAAGACCCAACCAAUAAUCUGAAGACCCCUGACUCAAAAACUGAAGCAGGCUGCCUAAUUAGAUAUAAUGUAUCCUCUACACCACGCUUGGAAAGUGUGAAAAAGAAGAUGCAGCAUGAAAAUACCACACUUAAAGAGCUGAAGUUCCUGACACCAGUGCGACGGUCACGCCGUAUUCAAGACAAGACCUCACAACUGCCAAAUAUGUUAAGAGACCACGAGCCUUCUGUGUCCUCGCUGGAACAGCUGUCUGAGCUGGGAGUGGAUGCUUUUGUUUGCCGCCCCAAUGCAGCCCUGUGCCCUCUGAUUUCUGAGACUGACGCAGGGGAGAAGUAGUGCUGCGAGUGGGGGUGGCUGUAGUGUCCUGUGGUGUUUGUUUCCUACAACUUUAUAACAGGUCUGAACUUGUCCGUAGGCCUAAGUAUAAUACAGGUAAACCUCGUUAGCAUGUUUAUUGUGUUUUCAAAAUGUUAGCUUCUUCACUUCACUAAUUACUUACAGAAAAUGUAGUCUAUAUAAAUUAUAUUUUUACCUUAACUUUGUUCUUAAUAUGUUUAUAAUAAAUAUAUGUAUGAUGUUCCAA